GUAUAAGCUUGCUAGCAUUCGACGCAACUUUUGCUCUUCGCCUGGUUCUGCCCACCCGAGAGACGCCAGAGCACAGUCGAAGUUACAAACUAUCCACUACUACCACAGCUGCCGGGUCCUGCCCAAGAAGACUCGGCUGAAAGCUGCACAAGACACGAACACAUACGUACUACUGCUGCCCGUGUUCGUGACCGCCGACUACUGGUGCCCACACAAUUCCGAGACGCUACUGGUGCCCACACAACCCAGAGACACCGUGCCACUACUCAUGAAACCCACAACAGUCCUAGCCGCCGGUGCCGGCGCCGGCGCCGCGGUGCUCGCCAUCCGACAAUUGGAAAGAUGGUGCGACCGCGACGAAUGCUGGUUAGCUCUAGCAGACCGCAUCCGCCGCUCGCUGCCGCCGCCGCCGCAGUCGUCCUUCCGCGUCGUCGCCGUGGUGGCGCUGGGGUCGCGGCUGCGAGGGGAAUACGUUGUGGGCACUAAUAUCGAGGCGGGCAAUCUGCACAACAGCGUCUGCGCCGAGCGCGUGGCGUUCGGCGCGCUGCAGCUCUACGGCGUCCGGCGGCCGGGGGCGGUGCGCUGCAUCUACAUCGUCACGGACGCGCCCCAACCAAUAUCACCCGGGGCGCUCUGCCGCGAGUUCAUGUACUCGAGCCCGUUCUGCACGCCGGCGACGCGCGUCCUCUCCGCGACGCCGGACCUCGGCCAGCGCCUCGACGUGACGCUCGCGGAGCUUUUGCCGCGCGCGUCGCCCUAUUGUAGGUUGGGCGCCGCUGAUCAGCGCAAGUGGGCCAAGGCGACGACGCUGCAGACGCUGCCGUCCGGGAGCGCCGCGGCGAUGGCCUACGCGGCAGCAAAACGCGCGUCUUCGGGCGACGACCGCGACGACCUCCACCCGACGAGGUAUGGGGUUGCGUGCGCGUUCGACGACGGCACGGUGGCGACGGCCGUCCAGCGCAAGGCCCUGGAGUACGGCUGCUCGCUGGACCCGGUCGGCCAGCUCGCCCCGGAGCUCGCCAAGAAACGCCGCGACGGCGUGCGGCCCAUCGUCGUCGCGCUCGUCGACGACCUCGGCGUGGCGCACGCGCCGUUCGCCUCGGGGCGCGCGUUCCUCGCCGAGCACGGCUACGGCGCCACGGACGUGCUGUGCCACGACGGCGACGGCGCCCUCCACGUCGUCGAGGCGCUCGAGCUCAUGCCUUUCGUGCCUGAUUUCACGGAUCACUUCCGCGAGACCAUCCCGAAGAGCCCGACGCGGUCCAUGGGCAAGUCGUUUCGCCCGGUCAGUCCGAACAAUGGGCACGCGCCGUGAACUCCCCGCCCGACGUCGGCCCGUCGCGCGUUCGAAAUUUUGUAAAUAUUCGUGUGAAUAA